AUGGCCACUGAUACUUCAGCAAAGAGAGUCAAGAUGGACGGUCCAUUGAUUGGUACCCACAACGGCCAUUUCCACGCCGACGAGGCCCUUGCAGUCUAUCUUCUUCGCCUUCUGCCAACCUAUGCCUCGUCUCCUCUCAUCCGCACUCGCGACCCUGCCCUUCUAGAAACUUGCCAUACUGUCCUCGACGUUGGAGGCGAGUAUAGCACCGAGAACAAUCGAUAUGACCACCACCAACGUGGCUUUGACGCAAUCUUUCCCGGGCACAGCACGAAGCUCUCCUCCGCCGGACUCGUAUAUCUUCACUACGGCAAGGACAUAAUCGCAACCUGUACCGGUCUCCCUAAAGACGGCGAGGAGGUCUCGAUUUUGUAUGAAAAAAUUUACACCGACUUCGUGGAAGCCUUUGACGCCAAUGACAACGGCAUAUCCGCUUAUGACCCGGCUGCCAUCAAGUCCGCAAACAUCACCAAGCGCUUCGAGGACAGGUCCUUUACCCUCGCGUCCGUCGUCAAUCGCUAUAAUUAUGCCACAAAGCUCCCAAAAGACCCAGCUCCCACUCAAGAAAUGAAACAAGCCGUCGAGGACACCAAUUUUGCCCGCGCCUCCUCCUUCGUGGGCGAGCAGUUCAUGUUGCUGCUUACAGGUGCUCACGAGGACUGGCUGCCUGCCCGCGCCGUCGUUAGCAAAGUCUACCACGAGCGCGGCUCCAUCCACCCUUCUAAGCAGAUCAUGGUUCUGCCCCAAUCCUCGACGCCUUGGUCCUCCCACCUCUACAACUUCGAAGCCGAAAAUCCAUCCGAGCCGAAGGUUUUGUACGUUCUCUUCCCCGAGAAUGACGAGCCCGAUAGCAAAUGGCGGAUUCGCUCCGUCUCCGUGGAGAACGGUGCCUUCGAGAACAGGAAAGACCUGCCCGAUGCAUGGAAGGGUGUCCGCGACGAUGAACUGAGCACCGCGUCUGGUAUUCCAGGCUGUGUGUUCGUACACGCAGCAGGUUUCAUCGGCGGCAACAAGACGAAGGAGGGUGCGUUGGCGAUGGCGGUCAAAGCCAUCGAAGCGUGA